UCUCCCCGUCGAAAGCUCGCACUUCUCGUCCGGGUGUGACAUAUUUUGAGUGCCUCAUUUGAACCGCAAACUCACCGGGAAAAUGACGGACUCUACACCGCCAGACCCCGCCGCCGUCCCGGACCCGGCGGUAGUGGACCCGACGGCGGUGAACGGACAGUGCGAGCAGUCGGACCCUCAACAACAGCAGCCCAAGACAGAAAGUCAGGGACAAGCUCUCAAGAUGGACCAGGAGAUGAAGAUAACCGACAGCAUAGAAGACCAAGGUCUUCUGGAGAGCAGUAUGAGACUGAAGCCUCACGAAGCACAAAGCUACCGCAAGAAAGCCUUGUGGGUGUCCUGGGCCUCCAUCGUGGUCACCAUCAUUCUGGCCAUAGCUGCUUUCACUGUUUCCAUCAUGCGACACAGUGCCUCAGCUUUUGGAUUUGCAUUUGAUGCCACGCUGGACGUGUUGUCCUCCAUCAUCGUAUUAUGGCGGUACAGCAACGCUGCCGCCGUCCACUCAGCGCAUCGUGAAUACAUAGCCUGUGCUAUCCUUGGAGUUAUUUUCAUCCUCUCUUCCCUGUGCAUUCUGGGUAAGGCCAUCCAUGACCUGGCCACCAAGCUGCUACCUGAAGUGGAUGACUUUCUGUUCAGCGUGUCCAUCGUCAGUGGCUUGGUGUGCAUCAUCCUGGCUGUGAUCAAGUUUAUGCUUGGCAAAGUGCUCACCAGCAGAGCCCUCAUCACUGAUGGUUUCAACUCCCUGGUCGGGGGAGUCAUGGGUUUCUCCAUUCUCAUCAGUGCUGAAGUAUUCAAGCAUGAGCCCAAGAUUUGGUACCUGGAUGGGACAAUAGGUGUCCUCAUAGGCCUCAUCAUCCUGGCCUACGGAGUCAAGCUGCUGCUUGACAUGGUCCCGCGGGUCCGACAGACCAGGAACUACGAGCGUUUUGAGUGAUGGACCACGACAGGGAGGAUGAAGAAGACACGAGGGACAGGAGGGUUGGGUUGGGGGAGGGGUGGGGUGGGCUGACUGGCUGACAGGAGAGGGACGGGUGGGGUUUAUACAGUUUACAGGCCCUUACAGUCUCUUCAUAGACUAUCACAGUACAUCAAGUCCUCGAGGUGCCAGUGGAAGCUUCAGUUUCUCCAUGUUCCUCCCAUUCUCAGCGUUUCUGUGACGACAGACAAGAGAGGGGAUGUCGACGACGGUCGCUCCUCUUGGUUGAUGUUUAUCGUGGGAAGAUCCGAAGACUUGAAUUACCUGGUGGAUGAAGAUGUGUUGGGCUUGCAGGACAUCACCAUGGCGAGAACUUUUAGCACCUUCUCAUUUGUUUACAGUUUGGUGUAUAUAUCUUUUCUUUGUCUUUUAGCUGGGAAUGGGAAGGCUCUCCUUUUAUGUCCCGUCCCCCAUUUUAAAAAGGGAGGUGUAGAGAAGGUUUAGGAGUCACAGUAGAGAAAGAGCUGUGCAAGGGAAUUUUACUUGAGGGGUUUGGAUAAUUUGGGAGUUGGCUUGUUUGUGUUGGAGAGGGCUACUGUCCUCUAUUUGUGGAAACGGUUAAUUUAGAGACAAGAGAGUCUUAACAAGACAGACAAGUUGGGACUCAAAGUUGGGAGGAUUCAAACUCCAUAAAGGGAACAGAUUUGUGAGCAGCAAUUUGAUGUGCAAUACCUCAGUUACACCUCAUCUUCCUGUCAGAGCACAACAGGUUCUUUUCUCAUGGUUCCCAGAGGCCUUUGCUCAGCGGCACUUUCAGAUUUUGCAGUGUUGCAGAUCAAACUGAUUGAUGUAGCAGUAAAGUACCAAGGGUGUUUUUCUUCUGUGAUGAUUUUAGGUACAAGCAGCUACACAGAGAUGGCCGUGAUAGCAGAGUAUAAUCGAUACAAAGCAUACACCUCUUACAGACACAGCAGACAGACAGAAAAGGGAUGUGUGUGCCUUGUGGCACAGGCUGUGCUGUCUACAGUAUUCCUCCAGAGUGUUGUGUCAGGAGGGGGAAAGCCUUCAACGGGCAGUGUUUCAGUUCUCACUUGCCUAAACCAGCUUACAGCACUAGAGGAUAAAAGUAGCCAUUUCCAACAAAACCUAGCCGGCUGGCACUCAGCAGCACCAUGGAGUCACGGUCUGCCUCCGCCUCAGAGUCACUGUCAUAACAGAGGCGAAGGAAGGAAAAGAGGUGAAACAGCUGUUAGGAUGAAAUGUGUUAAUCAAUUAUACAUUGACACAUUUCUAUAAUUCCCCACAUCUAGUGCCCUCUACUGACCAGUGGAGGAAAGUACCACAUAGGUUAGUGAGUCAAAGUGAGAGAAAACACAAAAUAAACAGAAGUCUAAGAAUAAUCCCCUUCACAAAGGUCACCCUCACAUGCAAAGCAGUGUUUAAAAAAAGCUCUCUUCCUACUCUUUGAUUGUUAUUUUUAGUUUUAAAGAAAGUUUCUAUAGAGAAUUUCAAUGUGCAGCCUGGAACACGACACUGCUGUCCAGAAAAAGGUGAUAAUGACAAACCAAUCAAACUUUCAGUCUGAUCUGUAAUUCCAGCUCAAAGGCUGAAUUUACCAGUAUUUUGACUUGGUACUUGACUCUUAGUGAAAAUCAUGUUUUUGGCUCCAUGUUGGCCAAAGGAGUUAGAAACUGGUCAUGACUUAUAAGUUGCUAUGAUGCUUGUUGGACACUAAGCCAGCCAACAUCUAUCUUCACACUGUGUGUCAAGAGUCAUUACGUGCUCUCUCUUAUCUGAAGCGGCUGUGCGCUCUAAUAGGUAAGAAAUGUUUCAGAGACGGUUAUGGACUGAGAGUUCAGUGGCUUUGGUUUUACCUUUGAAAUGUGAAUAGAAACAUUUGACUCUGCCGGUAUUGACCGAGGCACAAGUGAUUACUUUGGGUGUAGAGGCUCAGAAGCUUCACUUGAAAGACCAAAAGGGAAAAAAGGGGAAAAGAACCAAUCUACUUGACUGUCAAACUAAAGAACCUUCUUUCAGGCUUGACACACUAAUUGGCUGGUGUGCAGGCUCCUUUUUUCCAUUUGCUGCUGGUAAGCUUCACCCUGAAAUUUAGAACAUCAGUGAAGGUAUGGUGGUGUGGGUUUUGCUGAAGCAAAGUGGCUUUCAAAUUGAUAAAAGGAAGAAAAGGAAGCAUUUUUUCUGUUGCCAGUACAGCACAAUUCUUUAACAUCACUGAACAGCUGCUGUUACAGUAAACAGAGAAGCAUAAGCCCUUUCAACACUUAGACCUUGGCUAACACCUUCAUUAGCCCUGACUGCCUUUUCACACUUGCAACCUAGAAUGUGGGGCUUCCCCACUCUUAGCUCAGGACUAACCAAGCUCUGCUGCAGAGCAGUCAGGCCUGAUUUUCUGUGGAGAUCCCUAAAAAUUCAGGGCAAAGGUCUAUAAUGUGAAUCAAGGUUAGAAACGCAUUUGAAAACUUCUGAAAAGCAACAGGUGUAAUGUAAAAGUGAUAGAAACAGUAAUCCUAAAUGAAACAAAUGUGAACACACAAACACGUAAGCACACAUGCUGAGCACAUGAACUGUGGCACAUGUUACAUUUAAAUACUGACAAUGACGGACAGGUUUUGAAAGAGAGGGGACUGGUAUUUCACAGUGAUGGUCCUCUGUAUUUUAUGGCAUGUUUUCAAAGAGGUGUGUGAUAACAGGGAAGAUGAACACCUUCUGCUUGUCUGUGAGUGUGUGUAUGCCAGAUCUGGAAACGGCUAGUCAGGUUCCUGACCACGCUACAUCCAUCAACCCUGAGCUUGGUGUUGGCACGCUCAAGUCCUUCACCUCCACACUUUGUUUCACUGUUAAUUCCAAAGCCUUAAUCUUACUGACCAGUGUCUGGUGACUGUUGAACAUGAAGUCAUUCCCAGGUGGAGUGUUACAAGGGAGGUUUUUCCCACAGGAGGCAGGGGGGCCUGCUUAUUUUUCACAGGGUGUUCAUGUAUUUUCCUAAGGUCCGUGCUUGCUGCUGUGACUGUAGUUGAAUGUACAUACUGUGUUGUAAGACUGUGACUUAUCUGGCACAUGAAUGUGUUAUUUACUGUUUGACCUUUGGCUUCUGGCACAUCGGAGAGGUUGGUGGCAAAAUGUGGAUUAUGCUUCAGUUUUGGUGGUAUUGAUUAUGUAGAAUCAGUCCUGAAACAGUCACGCUCUCCUAAAUAGAUGUGCAAGCACAUAAACACACACUGACAGGAGCACACACACGUACAUCGGCGUACAAACACAAGCAUGCAGUCACGGCUCUGCUGGCUGGCAACUCACUGUGCAUUUAAGGAUUUUUCUUUGAAAUGUUCAUCCUAUAGGUUAUGAGAACUAUCAGCUCAAUUUUGCAUGACCUUACGGAAUAGACAAAGAAGUAAGACACAUGUACACACACACACACACACACACACACACACACACACACACACACACACACAAACAAACUAUGGGACUCAAGUUGCUCCUUAGCCCUGCUGAUUGUACAUUUCUGUGCUGGUGUAAAUAUUACAACUGUAUCGCUGUGAUGUAAAACAAAUGUAAAGUGAAUAUUGCAACAAAGAGUCAGAGAGCCUUUUGUCACAGAAAAAAGGUUUAUUUAAAAAUAAAGUUAUAUCCCUCUUACUUGUCAAGGACUGUGAAAA